AUGCGACCUAACAAACCCUCAUAAGAUGCCUUUGAUGAAGUGCAAGGAUCCUAUUCAAUGGACGAUCAAUUUAAUGUAUAAGAAGGGUAUAGAAAUUCAUAUGAUGAAAUUCCGGCAAAUUAACUUAGUGGAGAUGAAGCAUUAGAAAAGAGUUUUAUGCAAUCAACAGGUCAAUCAUCUAUAUGGCAAAAAAAGGCAUAAAAAACUUCGAUUCCAAUGACAUCUGUAAUUGUAAUGAAGAGUAUGGUUGGAGUGGGAAUUCUAGGAAUACCUUAUGUAGCAUCAAAUUUUGGGGCUAUUCUAACAAUAAUAAUUUUGAUGAUCAUCUUUUGUUUGGGAAUCCUAUCAUCGAGUCUAUUGUUAAAAUCUAAGAAUCUUUCAAAAAGAAGUAAUUUUUCAACAAUCGGGUUUUAUAUCUUUAAGCAUAAAUGGAUUAUUAUAGUAGUGAAUGUAAUGAUAAUAUUAUCAAAUUUGGGAGUAUGUUUAAGCGAAUUAAUUAUUUUUGGAGACACAGCAAGCAAUCUUAUAAAUUAUUUUACUGAUAGAACUACAGAUGAUCAACCAUUCUAUCUGAAAAGACCAGUUUUUCUAACAGUAAUAAGUAUAUUAUUGCUUCCUUUUCUACUUGUUAAAUCUAUUGAGAAGUUGAGAUUUGUAAGUUUAUUUGCUAUUCUAUCAAUCAGUUCAUUUUCAUGUCUGGUAGUCUAUAAUUUUUUCAGAAUUGAUUAAACUAAUAGUGAAUUCUCAUGGUGGAUUCCUGAUAAUUUCAAUAUUAAGAGAGCUUUAGCAUCUAUGCCAACUUUGAUAUUAGCAUUUAAUUGGCAAUUUAAUCUAUUUCCAAUUUAUAAAGGGAUGGCAUAACCAACUGAUUAGAAUUUAGUCACAUCAACAAUUCUUGGAUUUUGUUAGGGAUCUUUCCUAUAUUUGAUAGUAGGAUUGCUAGGAUAUGCAACUUAUGGAACAAAUAUUCAACCAAACUUUUUAUUAAGUAUUGAUGAAGAGGACGUUGGCGCAACUUUAUUUGUUAUUUUGAAUUUAACCUUUGUGUUUUCUACAACUCUUACAUUGCCGGUGAUAUUUUUUGGAGGAAGAAACAAUUUUAUUUAAAUGAUCAAACAAUUCACAGAAAAUAAAAAAGUGAACAUUUCGGCCAAAAAGAAACUAUUAGAUAACUAAUAAACUGAGUAGUAUUACAAAGAUUUGUUGUAAUUCAAAAAGAAAUCUUAAGCUAUUCGAUUUUAUGGGAUCAGUAUUGGAUUGUUUAUUUUAUUGGCUAUUGGAGCAGUUUUCAUAAAAAAUUUAGGAACUGUCUACAAUUUAUUAGGAUCCGUAGCAUGCAAUGCAAUUUAAUUAGGACUACCUACAUUAUUCUAUGUAUUUUUGGUAAAACAAGUGAAGAAAAUGAAAUUUCGAAGUUAUUCAAAUAAAUUAUUUUAUGUUUUUGUGUGUGUUCUUUUAGGUGUAAGCAUAAUUUUAACAUUCUUAUGUGUGACCUGUGAAUUUAUUUAACCAGAAAAAGAGGUUGCUGAUGAUUGA